AUGGAACGCAUAACAAAGUUGGCAUCACAAAAGGCAGUGGUGAUCUUCAGCAAGAGUUCAUGUGGGAUGAGCCAUGCAAUCAAAAGAUUGUUUUACGAGCAGGGUGUGGGACCAGCAAUCUAUGAACUUGAUGAAGACACGAGAGGGAAGGAAAUUGAAUGGGCUCUGAUGAGACUCGGGUGCAACCCUUGCGUUCCCGCAGUGUUCGUAGGUGGCAAGUUUGUGGGUUCAGCCAACACAGUCAUGACCCUUCACCUCAAUGGCUCACUCAAGAAAAUGCUCAGAGAUGCUGGUGCUCUAUGGCUCUAG